AUGACCGGGUGUCCGUCGGGUCAGGAUGUCGGUGUCUCUUGGCUAGGCCAAUUGUGUACUUCCAACCGGGGACAGCAACGCGCGUCUGGUGCAAAUGUGGUGGCACGCACUCGCAGUGAAUGGCAGGUUUUCGCUCACGAGUCCGGCCACACAUUCGGAGCCGUCCAUGAUUGUGAUUCGACGCUGUGCGCUUCUGCUCAGGGGCAGUGCUGUCCAUUAUCUUCCUCGACCUGCGACGCAAACGGCCAAUACAUAAUGAACCCGGUUUCCUCGCCCUCACAGUCGGCGUUCUCUCCAUGCAGCGUCCGGAACAUCUGCUCCCAACUCAGCUCCGGGCGCGUCAGCACGAGCUGCCUGGUCAGCAACAGCAAUAUCACCACCAUCACAGACGGGCAGUGCGGGAAUGGCAUCGUGGAGGUCGGCGAGGAAUGCGACUGCGGCGCCACCUGCGCCGAGAACAGUUGCUGUGAUGGAUCGACCUGCCGGUUGCGAGUCGGGGCUGUCUGCGAUGACGCCGCGAGUCCGUGCUGCACCAACUGCCAGUUUGCUUCGGCGGAUACGGUCUGUCGUCCGAGCACCGGCCCAUGCGAUGUUGAGAAGACGUGUACCGGCAAUUCGACCAUAUGUCCCGCGGACCAGGUUUUGUCCGAUGGACAACGCUGCAGGGAUGAUGGUGCGGGAUCCCCAACCUCGCGGUGUUCCAAUGGAGAGUGCAGGGCGGAUGAGAGGUCAUGGGUGGAACGGCAUCGAUCACUCGUUAUUGGUCUCGCGGCUGGUAUUGGUGGUGCGUUGGUGCUUGCCAUCUUGGACUGCAUGAUCUGCAGCUGUUGUCGACGGCCGUCAAAGAAGACAUCGCCAGGUGCAUCAGUGGUAUCGCAAGUCCACCCUCCGCCGCCUCCUUAUCGUUACGCCUAG